AUGAUCAGAUUGAUCGGAUUUGGAGCCACAUCAUUAAUCCUUGCGUUAUAUUUAAAAUCCAUCGACAUUAGGGAAGAAUUAAUUGGAUUAUUCAUGACAUUAGUAUUUGCAGGUGAUUUAAUUACAUCAUUCGUGAUUGUUCUUAUUACUGAUCAGAUUGGAAGAAGACUCGUACUCAUAUUUUCAUCAUUGCUAAUGUUUUUCACCGGGUUAACAUUUUGUUUUUUUGAAAAUUAUUAUAUAUUAACUGCAGUUGCUGUUUUGGGGAUAUUUACUCCCCUGGGAGUUGAAGUUGGUCCAUUUAGGACUAUUGAACAAAGCUCCAUCGCGUCAUUGGCACCUCAUCGUGAUAGAUCGGAUAUUUAUGCAUGGUAUACUUUUCUUGGUAUGUUCUGUGCGGCAUUUGGAUCAUUUGUGGCUGGUAUUUUGGUGGAUAUAGUUCAUAAAAAAUGGAAUCAUUCAUUGGUUACAGGUUAUAGAAGUGUAUUUUACAUGUAUACCUUUCUUGCUGGGAUACAUGUAAUUUUGAGUUUAUUGAUUUCAUCAGCUAUUGAGCCAAAUAAAGAACCAGAAGUUAUUGAAGAGCAACAACAAGAUGCUAAUAAUAAUACAACUGCAGAUGAUGGAGAGGAGAGUAGCACGGACGCUAUAGAUGAAACAACCCCAUUGGUUGAUAGUAUUCAAGCCAAGAAAGCUUCAAAAAAGACUAAAUUUAGUUUAUCAGGUGCAUUAUUUCCCAAGCUCAAUCCUCAUACUUAUUCAAUUGUAUUCAAACUUGCCUUGCUUUUCGGACUUGAUGCAUUUGCUUCAUCCUUAACUCCACACUCUUGGAUUUCUUAUUAUAUCAAACACAAAUUUGACGUUCCAGCAUCAUAUCUUGGUUCAGUAUUCUUUACAACUGGAAUUGUAAGUGGGUUCACAUCAUUAUGUAGUACUUCAUUAACCAAAAGACUUGGAGCAGUAGUUACGAUGGUUGUGACCCAUUUACCUGCGUCAUUAUUAUUGACAAUCGUUCCAUUACCUUCCUCCUUCGUCAUGACUAUGAUUAUAUUGGUUACUAGGGCCAGUACUCAAUCUAUGGAUGUUGCCCCCAAACAUGUAUUUUUGGCAACUUUAGUUGCUGAUAGUGAGAGAACUGCUGUAUUUGGGUUCGUUAACGUGGUGAAAACUUUAGCUCAGACUGUUGGGCCAAGUAUUGUUGGAAUAUUGACGAGAAAUGGGAUGCAAUGGUUGACAUUUGUUAUUGCCGGGACAUUGAAGCUGACUUAUGAUUUGGGGAUUUUGGCAACGUUUUUAACUUAUAAUAGACAUAAUGAGCAUUAA